CGGGCUGUAGUGUAUACUAUAUCGGGCGGCGGGAGCGUCACUUCCGGGUACUUAUAGAGCGUUUCCCCACCAUGUCAGAUAAUGACUUAUUUGAAGAUGAUAUCUGGGAGUAUAAAUCCUUAAGGAAAAGUAAGCAGGCAGAUGAGCCCGUUGAGAUAAAGGCUUCCCAGAAAAGAGGAAAAAAACCAAAACGAGAAACAACCAGGAAACCCGGCCCACUGCUGAACACUAAGAAAAAUACAGUGACAAAUGCAAACGCUUCUUGUCCAGGGAUAUUGAAAAAUAUAAAUGAACCUGUGGAACGCAAUGGUCAUGCAUUGCAAUCUAUCACAACUACACCACCAAAGAAAUACUCGGAAAACAAAAAAGAAAGUCCAAAGACCCCAGUGACAAGGGCAGAGGGGCACUGUCCCAGUUGUCAAAUGCCGUUUUCUAUAUUAUUAGUGCAGACCCCACGGUGGCAUGUGAGCGAAUGUCUGGACACAUCAUGGUCUACAGAAAAAGAGUGUCCUGACAGCAUAUUAUGUACUUCUACUAUCCCCUCUCACUAUAAACGAUUCACACAUUACCAGCUUGCCCGGAGCAGAGCUAUGGAUGACUCCGUCUGUGCUUUGUCUUACACCCCAUGCCAGACCAUCUCUGAAGAGGCCAGAGCCAGUAUUUCAGCUAAUGUUAAGUUUAAUGUAGAAGUAAAGGAAAAAACAACAAAUAAUGUAAUAAACAGACUUAAAAAUGUAAGCCCCAAAUCCAAAUCACCGUCAAGCUCUCAAGAAUCAGUAAAGUGGACUUCCCUUGACGCUUGGCUUUCCUCCCCUUCCAAACAUGAUAAAAACUCUGGGACACAAUCUCAAGAACAAACGAGUAACGGUUUUACAGGCCAUCUAGAUGUGUCUAAAACUACAGCUCUGCCACAGCAAGAUCCUGAUUUAAAUGACAGUGAUAUCUGUUAUUCUCCACUUGUCAGUGAUGAAGAAUUAAACAGCAACGAUCAUUUAAAGCGUUCAAUAAAGAGACUAUUCAGCAGUGAAUCAUCUGAGGACAAUUGCCAAGAGGAGACAGGUGACAUUUCAUGUACAAACCAGCAGGGUAAAGAUUUGAUCUGUCAGAAUAAUACAGGAAAUGAUAUAAUAAAAAUUGCAAAGCAAGAUACAAAAAACUUUAUUAAUAAAGACUCAGCUGAUACAUUUCCCCAGGAGGGUGCAGCGUGUCAGAUCUCAGCAGGUGCUGCUAAUCUUCCUGAAUGUGCAGACAACACAGAGGAUUUUAAUUGGUCAGAAUGCAGCUCACCUGCGUCAGUUGUGAAUGAGUGGGAUACAAAUGAGUUGUGGUUUCCUGUGGAUACUGAUGAGAAAGCCAUUGUUUCCUCUGCUCCUGCUAGAAAGGAAACUAAUACUUGUUUUUAUGGUAACUAUCUGGCAGAGGAAAAUAAUUGUGUUAAUAGUAAAGGACAGUGUUCUCCAUCUAGUUCACAAAGACAUCUGUUGACUGAAAACAUAAAAAGUUUUCAUACUUUGGGCUGUGAAGUUGUAGAGAAAAAGAAAUUACCAAUAACUAAUACGCCUCUAGAUAUGCCGUCCAAAACACAACCUGCAUCUUCAAAGGGGAUGAAGCAAAUGGAUAUUGGUGUGUUCUUUGGCCUUAAACCCAAGGCUAAAGUUGAGGUAACUGAAGAAAAAUCGUCUUUGAAGAUGGAGAAGAAAAUGAUGAUUGUGCCAGCAGACAGCGUGUCAAAACCUAGCCAAAGAAAACGGAAAACUCGGGGUUCAGUAGGAGAUGCAGAAGCCCUAGCUGAUAACACCAAUAUUGUACCCACAGCUGCUGCAGUCGGGGGCCAGCAAAGAUGGGGGAAGCGAUUCAAGCAAGGAUCAACUGGCGGGGAAGGGAAAGGAAAAAAGCAAUGUCCUUUCUACAAGAAAAUUCCAGGCACAGGAUUCACAGUAGAUGCGUUCCAGUACGGUGAAAUAGAAGACUGCUCUGCUUAUUUCUUGACUCACUUUCACUCUGAUCAUUAUGGAGGACUGACUAAGAAAUUCCGCUUUCCUAUUUACUGCAGCAAGAUCACAGGAAACCUGGUGCAGAGCAAGUUAAGGGUAGAACCUCAGUAUAUAAACACCCUGCCCAUGAAUACCGAGUGUGUUGUGAACAAUAUCGGGGUGGUGCUGCUAGAGGCCAAUCACUGUCCUGGCGCUGUCCUGCUGCUCUUCUGCCUUCCUAAUGGGACCACAAUAUUACACACAGGAGACUUCCGCGCUGAUCCUUCCAUGGAGAAUUACCCAGCUCUGAUUGGUCAAAAGAUCCACACCCUAUAUCUAGAUACCACCUACUGCAGCCCAGAGUACACGUUUCCGCCACAGCAGGAAGCGAUCCAGUUUGCAGUGAACACGGCCUUUGAAAUGGUUACAAUAUAUCCGCGCACUAUGAUUGUCUGUGGUACUUACUCAGUUGGAAAAGAGAAGGUUUUCUUAGGUAAUGAGUAAAAAUUCCUGUUUUAAACAUAACUAUUUAUUCCAUACUUUAUGCCUAAAAGUAUAAACAAGCCACACACCAACAAUGACUAACAAAAGUUAGUUUGGAAACAUAUAAACGUAAUAUUUUCACUUUGUAGCAUGAAGUUGAGCUGUAUAUUGGAAGGGACAGUAAAAUAAAAAUGAAAUAUUCAUAAUUCUGAUGUAGCAUACAGCUAUCUAGUUUGCUUUGUUCUUUUUUGUAUCUUUAUGUUGAAAAGCAUCACUAGGUAGACUCGCAGCACCUAUCAGAUGCUAGCUCCCUCCCAGUAGUGUAUUAAUGUCCUGCAAUCUACUCCAGAAUUUGUUAUUGUUUAAAAAGGUAGAUAAUCCCUUUUAUUACCCAUUCCACAGUUUUGCAUAACCAACACAGUUAUAUUAAUCGGGGCUCAAAAUUUCCAGUGGCGAGUGAAUGUCUACAAAUAUUAUCUAAAGGGAGAAUGUUAUUCCUCUAGGGAUAUAGGGACCCCAUUAGUGCUUACACUGUUACUUCUGAGAGUGGAGUGAUAUGAGAGAGCAGAGUGUAAAGAAGAUAUGGAGGGAGGGGGUAAAAAGAGAGAUUGAAGAGAGGGGGGAGUGGAGAAAGAUAGAUAAGAUGACAGUUAUAAAAUAAUUUUUCUAGGUCUGCUAUGACCUCACAUUAAUGUCAACACUCUGCUUUCUCUCAGUUCAACAACUUCCUUUUUCUGUCCAGCUGUUGUCUUCCCCAAAAUCCUAGUUAAUGUUGCUAACUGCUAUGCACUUAUUUUUGUUAAAGGGACGGUCUAGUACAAAACAAACUUUCAUGAUUCAGAUAGGGCAUGUAAUAUUAAACAAUUUUCCAAUUUACUUUUAUCACCACUUUUGCUUUGUUCUCUUGGUAUUCUUAGUUGAAAGCUUAACCUAGGAGGUUCAUAUGCUAAUUUCUUAGACCUUGAAGGCCGCAUCUUAAGAAUGCAUUGUAACAGGUUUUUCACCACUAGAGGGUGUUAGUUCAUGUUUUUCAUAUAGAUAAUACUGUGCUCAUACACGUGAAAUUACCUGGGAGCUAUCACUGGCUAAACUGCAAGUCUGUCAAAAGAACUGAAAUAAAGGGGCAGUUUGCAAAGGCUUAGAUACAAGAUGAUCACAGAGAUAAAAUAUAUAUAAAUAUAACUGUGUUGGUUAUGCAAAACUGGGGAAUGGGUAAUAAAGGGAUUAUCUAUCUUUUAAAACGAUAACAAUUCUGGUGUAGACUGCCCCUUUAAUGUAUUGCUGUAUGUAGCAUUAUUUAAGUUAUGAUAUAAAACAAUACUAAAAAAUUACUGCACAAUAAGGUGUUUCACAUUGGCUAAACAUAUGCAAAGAGGUGGGGUAGUGGUUGGGAUCAAAAGUGGCGAGUAACAUUUUGGGCUGGCUAGUAGCUUAGGGAUUGAAAUUUUGAGCCCUGUAUUAAUAUACUCUUUACCUCUGUGAUUACCUUGUAUCUAAGCCUCUGCAGACUGCCCCCUUAUUUCAGUUCUUUUGACAGGCUUGCAUUUUAGCUAAUCAGUUCUGACUAGGUAACUCCACGGAAGUGAGCACAAUGUUGUCUAUAUGGCACACAUGAACUAGCGCUGUCUGGCUGUAAAAAAAACUAUCAAAAUCCCAUGAGCUAAGGGGCAGCCUUCAAUGGCUUAGAAAUUAGCAUAUGAGACUACCUAGGUUUAGCUUUGAAAAAAGAAUACCAAGAGAACAAAGCAAAUUUGAUGAUCAGUCAAAUGGAAAGUUAGUAAAAAUUUAAACUUUCAUGGUUCAGAUAGGGCAUGCAAUUUUAAACAGGCUGUACUUUUUUUUUUUUUUUUUUUUAAGGUUUUAAAUAUAAAAAAUCUCUGUUUCAAUUAUUAGAAUAUAUAUUUAACCAUCUCUGCAAGUGAAACAAAUUCUGUUCUGGCUCCUAAUUUGAAAAUGUUUAACACCAAUCCUAUUCUGUCAUCACCUGAUUGCUCAAUACCCGUGCCUUU